UCUCUCAUGUGUCAGUCAGUUCCUGUCCAUACGGCUAUAGUCCUGGAUAACAAACCCACUCCCUAGUUGCUGCAGUCCUCUUUCGGUCUGCCGUAGUUGAGUAGUCUAACUACAAGGACAUUAGCGGACGCACGGAGCGGAGCAGUCGAACACGAGUGGAUUACAACGGCAUGGUUUUUUAGAGGGGCAGUCAGUCGAUCGUGUAACUAGAGGAAGAAAUCCCAAAGAUUUAGACAUUGCCCAAAUUUAUUGAAACGUUACGCCAGGUAGCGGUAACUCAAUAGUGAAUCGUGCAAUAAAGAGGUCGGCGGGAAUGGCUUCAUCUCCUUGCGGCAGUGGGAACUUUGAUUCCGGACUGGAAAUCAAAACUCGGUCUAUGGAACAAACACUUGUCCCAUUGGUCUCGCAGAUCACCACACUGAUCAACCACAAAGACAAGCCAAAGAAGUCAGAGCGGACCCAGCAGGCCAUCCAGAGAGUGGGCCAGGCCGUCAGCGUUGCUGUGGGCCGCUUUGUUGGUGUAGGCGAGGCCAUCGCCGUGGAGAACGAGGAGCUGAAGGAAGAGAUGGGCAUGGCUUGUUUCGAGGCGCGCAGAGCAGGGGAUGCCAUAGCCAAGCUGACAGAUGUUGGGAUGCCGGUGGCCCCCCUUGUGGACGGACGCAAGACGGUGUUCAGUAACAGGACAGGCAUGGUGAAGGCCGCCCGCAUGCUCCUCUCCUCCGUCACCAAAGUCCUGGUCCUCGCAGACCGCAUCGUCAUCAAACAGAUCAUCACCUCACGCAACAAAGUGCUAGUAACCCUGGAGCAGCUGGAGAGAGUGAGCACCUUCCAGGAGUUUGUCCAGAUCUUCAGCCAGUUUGGGAACCAGAUGGUGGAGUUCGCCCACCUGACCGGGGACAGACAGAAUGACCUGAAGGAUGAGAAUAAGAAGGCCAGGAUGGCAGCAGCCAGAGCAGUGCUGGAGAAAUGCACCAUGAUGCUGCUCACUGCGUCCAAGACGUGUCUCAGACACCCGGACUGCGAGUCGGCGCGUAUCAACAAAGAUGCUGUGUUCCACCGCAUGCGAUUCGCCCUGGAGCAGGUCAUGGAGAUCGUGACGGACGCCCGGCCCUGCGGGGAGACCAAGGUCCUGCCCCUCAGCAUUUACACCGGCAUCAAGGACUUCAAGUCCAACGUGGAAGGUCUGCAUGAGGGUCUGUACUCACUGCCCCAGCAAGCUCUGUCUGACCAGCUGGAGGCGGUGGUGGAGAGGACAGAGGACUUCACUGACUCGGCCUACACCAGCCACGAGCACCGAGAGAGCAUCCUGCAGCUCUGCCAGCUCGCCCGCCAGGACACUGACCAGCUCAUCGCAGCCUGGAGGGAGGCGCUGUCUCUCAAUGCCAAAGAGGCCACGGAGGAGAUGGAGCUGUCUAUACUGAAGACCUGCCAAAGUGUUCACGAACUCCGCAGAGAGCUCCAUAAGGUGGCGGUGGGGCGGGCGGCGGACCUGCUGAAGCUGCAUGCAGAACACCUGCCUCUGCGGGCCUUGAAGGCCUCAGGGGGCGAGGGAAACCUGGAGUCCGUGGCAGAGUACGCCCGCACGCUCGGCGAGCAGAAGGAACAGCUGAUGGAGACGUGUCGUCUGCUGUGUCACGUCUCAGGGACAGAGCCUCUGGAGAUCACCUGUAUGCACGCUGAGGAGACCUUCCACGUCACUGUCCCCCAGAUCAUUUCUGCAGCCCAGACGCUGGCCCUGCACCCAUCCAGUAAGAUUGCCAAGGAGAACCUGGAUGUGUUCUGUGAGGCCUGGGAGUCCCAGCUCUGUGACAUGGGCGUGCUGCUCCGGGAGAUCAAUGACGUGUUCGAGGGCCGCCGAGGUGAUAAAAGGGCUUACUUGUCGCUUCCCAGACCAGGGAAACAUUCAGCCAACCUGAAGAUGGUGAAAGCUGUUAAGCUAGAUACGGAGGAGCAGAGCACCAUAGCCAAGCUGGGUCUUGAGCUGCGUCUGCUGACCUCCGACGUGGACACGGAGGUGGAGAAGUGGGAGGACCAGGAGCAGGAUAUCGUCCGCCAGGGCCAGAGCAUGUCCAGCAUGGCCUACUCCAUGUACCUCUUCACCAGGGGGGAGGGCCUACUGAAGACAACCAUGGAUCUCUUCCACCAGGCUGAGGUGCUUUCUGAGGAAGGACUCCAGCUGUGUUCUUCAGUACACACUUUGUCCACCCUGCUGAUGGAUGAAGAGAAGGUGGUAGUGCUUUCGGAGAUGGAGAAGCUAAUGGGCUUAUGUCAGCAGCUGCAGAUGGGGGUGAGGACGCCAGCACAGGGCAAGACUGCCACCUUCCAGAAGGUGGAUUCAUCCAUUCAGAACACUAGAGCCAUCAUGACUGUGGUAAUCUACCUCCUGCCAGUCUGUAAUAAACUUGUCAGAAAGUAUAAGUCAGAGAGAAGCAGUCUGGACUCUCCACAGAGCUGGAGGGACAGGCAGUCGUCCACACCCAUCAAAGACGGCGCGCUCAACGGCAAGAACAGCAACGGCUUCGGGGUCAAGUCCCUGGAGAAGCAUAUGGCCAACCUCACCUUCCUGGAGAGCAAGUAGUCCAGUCUAGUGACCUUUGACCCCUAACCUGUAUCACCUAUCACAGAGCUGGAGCAUACCAUUGUCAACCACCGGGGGGGAAUAAUAGACGCCUCACUCACUUUGACAAUUUUGUCAACAAAAAAGAAAACCGCUCACUUAUGUGCCUGUCAGUGUAAUCAGCCCAUACAUUUUGUCCUGUAACUAACCUGUAGCACAUCUCAGCCAAAUGUAUCACAUGUAUAAAGAAAAUAUCUUUAAAUCUUACCCAGUGAUUUGGGCUGUUACCCCAGCUUUCUGAUCACCUGGUCCCAGCUCAGUUUUGAGCUGUGUUGUCGAUACCUAUGGCCAUUGUCAGGAGGAGUUGGCAAGACCGACCAAACAGAUCUGGGACCAGGACAAAGCUGAUAUUGCUCUCACUAUUGUACACCAACCAAAACGCAUCAUGGCUUAGCAAUUAUUGAGUGUAAUUAAUUCAAUCUCACUUUGAUGCCAAAUAAGAGAGUAAAUUGAAGGUUUAAUCACUGAAUUAUGCCACUUAGCUUGCUAUAAACUGAAUGACAUACGGUUCUUAUUAUGCCUCUAUUUCAGCAGAGACAAUUUUAUCUGACUGACUUUCUACUCUCUGUAAUGUAUUUAAUAAUUUUCUGUGUAUAUGUGGUAUAGUGUUUUAUCCAUGUUUUCAGAAGACCUAUCUAAAAGAUUGUUGAUCCAGCGCAUGAGUCAAAUGAACUGUGGUUUUGAAGCUGUUCGUUAUGAAAUGUACUUGAAAGUAAAAGUACGUCCCAAAUGGCAACCUAUUCCACAUACUGCACCCGUUCUGCCAUUCACAUUCUGUUAAAGGUCUCCGAAGCACACACCUCCCUGGGUCGCUUAUCUUUUCAGUGCGCUGCAGCUAGCGAUUGGAAGGAGCUGCAAAACACUCAAACUGGACAGUUUUAUCUCCAUCUCUUAAUUCAAACUCAAUCACUCUUACUGACAGUUGUGGCUGCUUCGCGUGAUGUAUUGUUGUCUCUACCUUCUUGACCAUUGUGCUGUUGUUUCUGCCCAAUAAUGUUUGUACCAUGUUUUGUGCUGCUGCCAUGUGUUGCUACCAUGUUGUUGUCAUGUUGUGUUGCUACCAUGCUGUGUUGUCAUGUGUUGCUACCAUGUUGUGUUGCUACCAUGUUGCUACAAUGCUAUGUUGUCUUAGGUCUCUCUUUAUGUAGCGCUGUCUCUUGUCGUGAUGUGUGUUUUGUCCUAUAUUUGUAAAAAAAAAAAAAUAUCCCAGUCCGUGCAGGUGGCCUUUUGGUAGUCCGUCAUUGUAAAUAAGAUGUAUUAUUAAUAAUAUUUAACCCUUUUGUUUCCUCCCCAAUUCCGUGGUAUCCAAUUGGUAGUUUCAGUCCUGUCUCGUCGAUGCAACUCCCGUACGGACUUGGGAGAGGCGAAGGUCGAGAGCCGUGGGUCCCAACCAAGUGGUAUUGCUUCUUGACACAAUGUCAACUUAACCCAGAAGCCAGCCCCACCAAUGUGUCGGAGGAACACACACUGGCGACCAUGUCAACGUGCACUGCACCUGGCCCGGCCCAUAACAAUUUGUUCUUAACUGACUUGCCUAGUUAAAUUAAAUACAAAUAUAGUGCACUACUUUUAGUUGCUCUGGUCAAAAGUAGUGGUCUAUAUAUAGCAUAUAGGGUAUCAUUUGGAAUGCCGUCUAUUGUGUAUCACGCUGUAUUAUUCUGGUACUUGAAGCAGAGAUAUCUGUAUCCACAGAGAUGAGUCUGGUCCUACUAAACCUGAAUGGUUUGUUAGACUAAACCACCAUAUUAAGCUUCAGAGAUAGUUGUGAAUUAGUGCAGGUGCUGUUGAGUAAAGCUGUUGAGUAAAGCCCCAGAUGUGAAGAAAUAUAUUUAGGUUUGGACCAUUAUUCUUUUGACAGUUAAACGAUUAUAAAUAGAACACAAAUUUAAAUAAAACAUUAUUUUUCUUAAAA